GGUCGGGUUGCUGUCUCCGGGCCUCAGCGGAUCACGAUGAGCCAGCUGCCGCAGCUCGGCUCCUUCCUGUCGCAGCGGCUCGGCGCGCUGCUCCGGGACGUGCUGGGUCUGGUGGACGACGCGGUGACCGAGUACCGGGAGGAGGCGGCCCGGACCCGGCGGGAGAACGACAGUCUGCGGAGACAGCUGCGGGACUUCCUGCUGCUGGAGACCGACACCGAGUGGCUGAGAUCCAGGUCCAGUCUUGGUUUGGAGGCUCCUGAUCCGAGGCCACGCCCAGAGGAGCCUGACUCCUCCCUGAAGCAGCCGCGACCGCCGGCUCCUCCCUCAGAGAAGCAGCCUCACGAGCACAUCGUGUCCGUGCGUCUGCUGUCCGUCCAGAACAGAACCCCCCCCAGGACCCAGGACCCCUCUGGAGCCUGGGAGCCGGAGCUGAAGCCCGAUCCUCAGCAGGAGGCGAGCAGCCGGGCGUCACCUCCUCCUCGAGACUCCUCCUUCAAUCUUCCCUCCGCCUCUGCCGCCAAAAACCACGUUGAGAUCCCAGCGUGUAGAGAAGAGCCACGAGUUCCUGCUGUGAUCAAAACAGAACCCGAGGAGUUCAGCGUGAGUGAAGAUGAAGGUCACACAGAGUCUGCGGUGUCGCACGCUCGCAUCACACAGGACGAGUCGACGCUCAGAGACGCAGACCGGGCGGCGGCGGCGCCUGCAGGCCGACACGAAGCUCAUCCAAACAAGAAGCCCUCUCAGGAGAGGUUCACGGCUCCAGCUGAUGAUGGUGCGUUAGCUGGUUUUCCCUCGGAGCUCAUCCACCGCUGCCCCCGCUGUGGCGAGGCGUUUGGCCAGGCAAACAGUCUCCGCCUCCAUCUGGAGCAGAGACAAAAGACCUACGCCUGCGACUGGUGCUGCAAGUCCUUCGCGCAGUCGGCCGACCUGCGGCGCCACCUGCGCACGCACACGGGCGAGAGGCCGCACUGCUGCACCUUCUGCUCCAAGAGCUUCAGCCAGCGAGGGAACCUGCGGCGCCACCUGAGGAUCCACACGGGCGAGCGGCCGUACAGCUGCCCGAGCUGCUGCCGCACCUUCAGCGACGGAGACACCAUGAAGAAACACAAGCGCACACAUUCAGGAGAGAAACCCUACCGCUGCGUCCAGUGCUCCAGGACCUUCACCACGGCCAGCGGCCUGCAGAUCCACCUGAAGAAGGACAUGUGCUUCGUGGCCAACGCCUGAUUGGACAGGAGGAAGUGAUGCAGCCAGGGGGGGGGGGGGGACGCACGCCGCUGA